GCUGUUUAGAUUUUUGUCCUCACUCAGCCACCAUACGGAACUCGCUUCUGAUUGGUCAAUUCACGGGCCAUGUUAAAUACAAUCGUUGGGAGAACGUCCAUCGGACUGCAGUCAAGAUGAGUCUGAGAAAGCAGACCCCGAGUGACUUUCUGAAGCAGAUAAUUGGGAGACCGGUAGUGGUGAAACUGAACUCUGGUGUGGAUUACCGAGGUGUCCUGGCUUGUCUGGAUGGUUACAUGAACAUUGCCAUUGAGCAGACAGAGGAGUAUGUCAAUGGGCAGCUCAAGAACAAAUAUGGAGACGCUUUUCUACGAGGAAAUAAUGUUCUUUACAUCAGCACCCAGAAGAGGAAAGUGUAGUGAAGAUCAUUUUGUGCUUUCAUUCUUAUUUUCCAGUAUUUCAUAUGAGUGAACAGCUGUCAUGUGUUUUUGGUUACGUAAAGCCUGAGGUCCUGAAGAAUGUUUUUGUAAAAAUGGAAUAAGGUAAUAAAUUUUGUUUGAGUUUUGCGUUAU